UCGCAGCAGCCCGUCCCGCAACACGCGACCUUCCCUGACGCUUUCCUCCCCGCCAUUGCGAUUUGCGAUUGCGCCGCCGCCGGUGCCGCCUCAGCCCGGAGUUCUCAAUCCACCAGCCGCCGCAUGCGCGUAUCCGAGGCCUAGCCCGCUCGCGGCCGCGGAUCUCUCGCCUCGCCCCGCGAUGCAUCGUGCGAUGCGGUUGCGCUGCCUCCUGCGCCCGCCGGUCUGGCGCGGGCCCGCCGCCAACCCCGCGGCGGCCUCCAGCGGAGGCGGUGGCGCUCUGGUGCGGAGGCUCGGCGCGCCGCCGCGUCCGUGCGGCGAGAAGCGGCGGCUCUGCCGGUUCUACAGCUCGAAGGAGGAGGGCGUCGGCAGCGCGGCGGCGGGGGCGGCGGCGGGGAGUGGCGGCAGCGGAAGCAGCAGCAGCAGCGAGCAGGAGCACGCGCUGCUCGGGGAGAGGGACCAGCAGGAGUGGCUCAGCGGUGAGCGGUUCCGCAUCGGCUGUAAGCGGCGGGAGUCGCCGUUCCUCACCAGGCGGGAUCGCUUCCGCAACCAGUUCCUUAGCCGCGUCGUGCCGUGGGACAAGACCGGCGUCUCGUGGAACAGCUUCCCGUACUACGUCGACCAGAAUGCGAGGCAGCUGCUGAGCGAGUGCGUGGCGUCGCACCUACGGCACAAGGAUGUAGCUCUGGAGUACGGUUCCGGGCUGCAGUCCUCCAGUGGGAGGAUACUGCUCCAGAGCUUGCCAGGGACUCAACUUUACCGAGAGAGAUUUGUGAGGGCACUUGCCAGUGAGUUGCGUGCGUCAUUAUUGGUUCUGGACAGCAGUGUUCUAGCUCCAUAUGAUUGUGGUGAAGACUGUUCUGAGAGUGAGGAAGAGGAUAAUCAUGCAGAGUCAGAGGAUGAAGGUUCCGAAUCAGAGGAGGAUGGCGAAGGCGAUGAGGAAUCUGGUCAAAGCGAUGAUGACGAUUCUAUUAAAUCCGUGGCAGACCUAAAGAAGCUAGUUCCAUGCACUCUUGAGGAGUUUGCCAAGAAAGUUGUUGGUAUACAGGAAAGUUCUUCAGCAGCAGAAUCCUCUAGCACUGCUGAGUCAUCCGAAGAAGAGAAGAGAUCUCUUCAAAAGGGAGAUAGGGUCAAAUACAUUGGAGCUUCAGUGGUUGUUGAAGCAGAUAAUAGGAUCAUUUUGGGGAAAGUACCUACUCAAGAUGGCUCAAAGAAUGCCUAUACCUUUAUUAGUGGCAGAACUUUAUCAAAUGGACAGCGUGGAGAGGUGUAUGAGAUCAAUGGCGAUCAAGUGGCUGUUAUAUUUGACCCUCCUGAGGAGAAGGUGGCUGAUGGUAACAAAGAUGAAGCCGACAAAGUGCAAAAUGCUAAACCAGCAGUUUACUGGGUUGACAGUAUGCUUCUAGUCCCAAGCGUCCAUAUUGCUAUAUUCAGUUUGGACAUGCCUGCGAUUUACCGUUCUUUUCUUUUUGUACUUCUAGCUCAGGAUAUUGAGCGUGACCAUGAUACUCAGGCGGAAGAUUGGCAUAUUGCACUGGAAGCACUUUGCGAGGUACUGCCAUCUCUACAACCAGCCAUUGUUUACUUUCCAGACAGUUCCCAGUGGCUGUCUAGGGCAGUUCCAAGAUCAAAUCGCAGAGAAUUUGUUGAUAAGGUGGAGGAAAUGUUUGAUCAACUUACUGGACCUCUAGUUUUGAUAUGUGGGCAGAGCAUAACAGAGGCAUCAACGGCAGCACCUAAGGAUAAAGAACCUAGGACUCUGCUCAUCCAUAAUCUGGCUCGUCUGUCUCCGCUGUCAUCAUCCUUGAAGCGGCUGGUAAGGGACCUGAAAGGACAGAAGCCUUCAAGGUCCAGUGACAUAACGAAGCUUUUCAAAAAUAGAUUAUUUAUUCCUCUUCCAAAGGAUGAUGAGCAACUGAGAGUUUUCAGUAACCAGAUUGAGGAGGACAAAAAAAUAAUCCUUUCAAGGCAUAAUCUUGUAGAGCUGCACAAGGUGCUUGAAGAACAUGAGCUAUCAUGUGAGGAUCUAUUGCAUGUCAAGUCAGAGGGUGUUGCUUUGACAAAACAAAGAGCAGAGAUGGUUGUUGGAUGGGCUAGGAGUCACUAUUUAUCAUCAACAGUUAAUCCUUCCAUAAAGGGUGAUAGGUUGAUCAUUCCCUGUGAAAGUCUGGACCUAGCAAUUAGGAGGUUGAAGGAGCAGGAGGCUUCCAAUAAGAAGCCAUCUGAGAACAUGAAGUUGUUGGCGAAAGAUGAGUAUGAGCGCAAUUUCAUUUCAGCAGUUGUGCCUCCCAAUGAAAUUGGAGUUAAGUUUGAUGAUAUUGGUGCUCUUGAGGAUGUCAAAAAGGCACUUGAUGAACUUGUUACUCUUCCAAUGAGGAGGCCAGAGCUUUUUUCUCACGGCAACUUGUUAAGGCCCUGCAAAGGUAUAUUGCUAUUUGGGCCUCCUGGAACAGGAAAAACACUUUUGGCAAAGGCACUUGCAACAGAAGCUGGAGCAAAUUUUAUAAGCAUAACUGGUUCUACUCUCACAUCAAAGUGGUUUGGAGAUGCUGAGAAGCUUACCAAGGCCCUUUUCUCCUUCGCUAGUCGACUGGCUCCUGUUAUAAUAUUUGUGGACGAGGUCGACAGCUUACUUGGUGCAAGAGGUGGUGCACAUGAGCACGAGGCAACGAGAAGGAUGAGAAAUGAAUUUAUGGCAGCUUGGGAUGGUCUAAGGUCCAAAGAGAACCAAAGGAUCCUUAUUCUUGGCGCAACAAAUCGCCCCUUUGAUCUAGAUGAUGCAGUAAUACGGCGUUUACCUAGGAGGAUAUUAGUUGAUCUGCCUGAUGCCAAGAAUCGGAUGAAAAUUCUAAAAGUUUUACUUGCCAAAGAAAACCUGGAAUCUGAUUUUAGAUUCGAUGAACUUGCUAAUGUGACUGAGGGUUACUCUGGGAGUGAUUUGAAGAAUCUAUGCAUAGCUGCGGCAUAUAGGCCAGUCCAUGAACUUCUAGAACAAGAAAGCAAGGGAGACACUGGUAGCACGAAAACUUCAUUAAGGGCACUGAAGUUGGAUGACUUUGUGCAGGCAAAGUCCAAGGUAAGCCCAUCUGUUGCUUUCGAUGCGACGAGCAUGAACGAGCUAAGAAAAUGGAAUGAGCAGUAUGGUGAAGGUGGCAGUAGAAGCAAAUCACCGUUCGGGUUUGGCAGCUAACAUACUUCCCGUAGUAAGUUUCUCACAUUGUUUUGGGAGCGUAUGAGCCCAAAUUUCAUCAUAGGAAACCAGCAGCAGUGGCUUGAUGUAGGCGAGUAACAUCUGCCCCACGCCUCCGGCCCGCACCUUCAGGCUUCAACUGUUCAGUUACUUCAGUCUGGUCUCUUGCCACCCACCCCCCAUUUGUUUCUUACCCCCGAGUCAUUAGAACAGUGCUGUUGUCAUGUAUUGAUAGGAAAAUGGCUUAUCAGAUGCCAAGUUUUCAUGAUUUACCCCAUGUAGUAGCAUUACGGGUUCCCAACAGAGAGGCCUGAUCGAACUGUAAAUAGCCCCAAAAGUUUUGCCCCAGAGCUGAUAAUCUGGCUAUUUUUGUCAAAUUCGAUAGUCUUGAUUUCUUACCGCCCUUUGUACUGGUUGGACAAAUAACUUCACAUGACUGCUCUGAUCUGCUGAGUGACGCAGGCAGUGCGCUGUUCAUUU